AGCCGGGCUCGGCGCCGCAGCUGCCCAGCUGUUUCGUCCCUACCGAGUCUGCGGUUAUGGCGUCGCUCACCGUGAAGGCCUAUCUUCUGGGCAAGGAGGAGGCGGCCCGCGAGAUCCGCCGCUUCAGCUUCUGCUUUAGCCCGGAGCCCGAGGCGGAGGCCGAGGCCGCGGCGGGCCCAGGGCCGUGCGAGCGGCUGCUGAGCCGGGUGGCCGCGCUGUUCCCCGCGCUGAAGCCUGGCGGCUUCCAGGCGCACUACCGCGAUGAGGAUGGGGACCUGGUUGCCUUUUCCAGUGAUGAGGAGCUGACAAUGGCCAUGCCCUAUGUGAAAGACGACAUCUUCCGCAUCUACAUUAAAGAGAAGAAGGAGUGCCGGCGGGAUCAUCGCCCGCCAUGUGCUCAGGCAUCCCGAAGCAUGGUGCACCCCAAUGUGAUUUGUGAUGGUUGCAAUGGGCCUGUGGUGGGAACUCGCUACAAGUGCACCGUGUGCCCAGACUACGACCUGUGCAGUGUCUGCGAGGGGAAGGGCCUACACAGGGAACACAGCAAGCUCAUGUUCCCCAACCCCUUAGGCCAACUCUCUGAUGGCUUCCCUCAUGGCCGCUGGCUCCGGAAGCUGAAACAUGGACAUUUUGGCUGGCCUGGCUGGGAGAUGGGUGCACCGGGGAACUGGAGCCCACGUCCUCCCCGAGCAGGGGAGGCUCGUCCCUGCCCCGCAGCUGAGUCAGCUUCUGGUCCAUCAGAAGAUCCCAGUGUCAAUUUCCUGAAGAAUGUGGGGGAGAGUGUGGCAGCUGCCCUCAGCCCUCUAGGCAUUGAGGUUGACAUUGACGUGGAACAUGGAGGGAAGAGAAGCCGCCUGACACCUGCCUCCCCAGAAAGUUCUAGCAUGGGCACAGAAGACAAGUGCAGCACUCAGCCAAGCAGCUGCUCUUCAGAGGUCAGCAAACCUGACGGGGCUGGCCCGAGCCCCUCACAGUCCCUGACAGAGCAAAUGAAAAGGAUCGCCUUGGAGUCAGGGGGACAGCCAGAGGAACAGAUGGAGUCUGAUAACUGCUCAGGAGGAGAUGAUGACUGGACACAUCUGUCCUCCAAAGAAGUGGACCCAUCCACAGGGGAGCUCCAGUCUCUACAGAUGCCGGAGUCAGAAGGGCCAAGCUCUCUAGACCCCUCACAGGAAGGACCCACAGGGCUGAAGGAAGCUGCCCUGUACCCACAUCUCCCACCAGAGGCUGAUCCCCGGCUGAUCGAGUCGCUCUCCCAGAUGCUGUCCAUGGGCUUCUCUGAUGAAGGCGGCUGGCUCACCAGGCUCCUCCAGACCAAGAAUUAUGACAUCGGAGCUGCUCUGGACACAAUUCAGUAUUCAAAGCACCCUCCGCCGUUGUGAUGGUGCUCGCGCCCAAGCCCCGAGACCCACCCCCUUGUCUUGUAGUUGCAUCAAGUAGUGCAGCAGGGCCCUCUAGAAGGCCAGUUUCUUGGCAUUCUUCCAGAAUCCGCAGGUGGGAGUAUGUGAAGUCUUUAGGGCAGGAGGAGAUUGACGUGAGGGGAGAGUUCCAAGAGUGCACACGCUGAGCCUGAGAGCAGAACAGGUACUUGUGGCUGAGCUUCCUCUGCCUUCUCUAGGCCUGCCCUUGCCCGGGAGCUGCAGUGCAGGCCGCACUGCCCCUGCCGCCUGCACUGCCCCAGCAGUCCAGAGUUCUUGCCUGAUGACCUCCUUCUUUCCGUGUUUCCUUGUCAAAAGUGAUUAACACUGACAGCUAUUCUCAACAAGUAAAACCAUGACAUUAAGAGGGGGCUGUCCACAGUAAGUCAAAGGUGGCGGGCAGCUGGGGCCUAUGGCUCCAGCGGGGGGAGAACUCAGGUGAAGCCAGCUGAAGGGUCACCAUAUACUGCCUCCCUUUUUAAUGAUCACACCUUGGUUUUUGUGUCCAAUGUUCAUGCUUUUAAAUGAACCCCGUGUAGCUUCCUCUGAUUGGGUUUUUAAGUAACCUGUAAUUAAAUGGCAUAUGCACUUUAA